AUGUCCAAGUCGAAAACCCCCAAGGAAAAAACCGAGUCGCCGCCUCCAGUCGCUGCUGACACGACACAAAAGCCGGGACCGGUGGUCAAUGAGAAGGAGCGCAAGAAACAGGCGUUUGUGGUCCGGACCAUCUGGACUCUUGUUAUGAUCUUUGGUAUGUUUUUCAUAAUUUGUGCAGGCCACUUCUGGACCAUCAUGUUUGUGUUGAUGCUCCAGGUCCUAGUUUUCAAAGAGUGCAUCUCGAUAACUUCCGAAAGAGCCAAGAACGAAGACCUCAAGUACACAGGAUACCUCAAUUGGUACUUGCUCAUCACCACCAUCGCAUACCUCGAAGGCAAAUCCUUGAUUACUUACACAAUCAACUUCUUGAUCGACUCCAAUUACCCAACAGCAUUGGCAAUGAAGUUCAUUAUCCACCAGAAAUUCAUCUCGUACUGCUCGUACGUGCUGGCCUUUGUUUUCUUCGUGUCUACGUUGAAGAAAGGUUCUUUAAAAUUCCAAUUUGCACAGCUUUGCAUCACACACAUGAUUCUGCUGCUGGUGAUCUUCCAAGGCCACUGCAUCGUCAACAACAUCCUCCACGGUAUGAUCUGGUUCCUGUUACCUGUCGGGCUUGUUAUUACAAACGAUAUUUUUGCAUACAUCUGCGGAAUCACGUUUGGUAAAACCCAGCUCAUCUCUAUCUCACCCAAGAAAACCGUCGAAGGAUUUGUUGGCGCAUGGAUCUGCACCACCUUCGCGUCCAUCGUGCUCACCUACUACCUUUGCAACUUCAACUACUUCAUCUGCCCUAUCGAAAACUACAACGACUUGCAAGUCAACUGUCUCACAGGAGUCUCCUGCGAGCCUAACCCAGUGUUUAUCCACCAAUUAUACAAGAUUCCAGCAGAUCUCGCAAGACUGAUUGAUAGAGAAUACAUCCAAUUGAAGCCAAUCUACCUCCAUGCCAUGAUCCUUUCUCUGUUCGCAUCCCUUAUUGCACCUUUCGGAGGAUUCUUUGCAUCUGGCCUCAAGAGAGCUUUCAAGGUCAAAGAUUUCGGAGACACCAUCCCAGGACACGGAGGUGUUACCGAUAGAAUGGACUGCCAAUUCCUUAUGGGUUCCUUUUCCUACUUGUACUACGAGACUUUCAUCUCCACCCACCAUCUCAACAUUGGCAAUCUUUUGCAAACCAUUGUCAUCAACUUAUCUGGCCCUGAUAUCCUCAUUCUUGUUAAGAGCUUGCACACCUACCUGUACAAGAUCGGAAUCAUCUCCGAAGACGUUUACGUUCAACUGGUCAAUUUACUAAGUUAG